UCUCCGCGGGUUCGAGGAGCAGGUCGCGCGUUAUAAAUACUGCCUCCAGCCUGGGAAAACAAAAUGAGCACCGACAUCCAAGAAAGCCGCGUCAGGUCACCGCUUCAUGAUCAGUGUGAGAAGGAUGCUGCAACAAGCUCUACGAGUAUCUGUCCGGAACGCUUUCCCCCAGGUCAAAUGGAUGGAGAGGUGGGCUGAGGGCGCAUCAUCCAAGCAGCAGGCACUGAAGACUCUGGGCGACAUGCCCGGACCGUCGGUCGCCAGUUUCGCCUGGGACUUGUUCGCCAAACGGGGCCUGUCGCGGCUGCACGAGUUACAGCUGGAAGGAGUGCAGCGGUAUGGACCCAUGUGGAAAGCGAGUUUUGGUCCAAUCCUGACAGUUCAUGUGGCUGACCCUGCGCUGAUUGAGCAGGUACUGAGGCAGGAGGGCCAGCACCCCAUGCGCUCUGACCUUUCCUCCUGGAAGGACUACAGGAAACUCCGAGGACAUCACUAUGGACUCCUGACAUCUGAGGGGGAGGAGUGGCAGUCGGUGAGAAGUCUCUUGGGGAAGCACAUGCUGCGACCAAAAGCAGUUGAAGCUUACGAUAAAACCCUGAAUGGCGUGGUCGGCGACCUCGUUUCCAAACUUCGCCUUCGCAGAUGCUCUCAGGGCCUAGUCAAUGACAUCGCCAGCGAGUUCUAUCGCUUUGGCCUCGAGGGAAUUUCCUCAGUGUUGUUUGAAUCCAGAAUCGGUUGCCUGGAUGAGGUUGUCCCAGAAGAGACAGAGCGUUUCAUCCAGUCGAUCAACACCAUGUUUGUAAUGACGCUCCUUACCAUGGCCAUGCCAAAGUGGUUGCACCAGCUGUUUCCUAAACCCUGGAACAUCUUCUGUCAGUGCUGGGACUACAUGUUUGACUUUGCAAAAGGCCACAUUGAUCAGCGUCUGACGGCCGAGGCGGAAAAAAUUGCCCGUGGAAUGAAGGUGGAGGGCCGUUAUCUGACAUACUUCCUGUCGCGGACCGGGCUGCCCAUGAAGACUGUCUACAGCAACGUCACAGAGCUGCUUCUUGCUGGAGUCGACACAAUCUCCAGCACCAUGUCCUGGUCGUUGUACGAGCUGUCCCGCCACCCCAAGGUGCAGGCAUUGCUCCGAGAUGAGGUGUUGAGAGUGCUGGAGGGCCGAAGCGUACCGGAGGCCGCUGAUGUGGCCCGCAUGCCUCUCCUGAAGGCCACAGUCAAAGAAGUACUUCGGUUGUACCCCGUUAUUCCUGCCAAUGCAAGAGUGAUUACAGAGAGAGACAUCCAGGUUGGAGGCUACCUCAUCCCUAAAAAUACUUUAAUUACCCUGUGCCACUUUGCAACAUCACGGGAUCCAGCGGUGUUUGAAAAUCCAGAUGAAUUCCAGCCCCAUCGAUGGUUGACCAAGGACCACACUCACCACCCGUAUGCCUCUGUACCCUUUGGGGUGGGAAAACGCAGCUGCAUAGGUCGUCGUAUUGCCGAGCUGGAGCUCUACCUUGCUCUUUCAAGGAUCCUCAUAGAGUUUGAUGUGAAACCGGACCCUGAAGGGAUUUCCGUGAAAUCCAUGACACGGACGCUUCUGGUUCCUGAAAAUGUCAUUAGCCUCCAGUUUAUUGAACGAUGACCCACUCUCCUGAGCUGAUCGGUUACAUGAACGAGUAUGUGAGUCUUUUCGCAGUAGAGAGCGCUAGUUAUCACAGCCUCUUGCAUGCAAACCUUUGACACGACAUGUAUCUGUAACGUGGUGCGUGGAGGCUGACGUGUGGAGAAGGACAAAUAAAUGAAGGAUGAGCAGUGACAGCUCAUCACUGGGGCUUUCCACUGGGAGCCGUGUUACUCCAAAUUAAAUACUGUGGGGUUAUAAAAUC